ACCGACUCUGUCAUGGCUGCGCCCUCGUGCCAUGUGUAGUUGCCAGCAGUUGUAACCACAUUUUGAUGUCUCCAGAAAGCACGGAAGGUCAAGGAAAAUGAAGACAAAGACGAUGAAACCGAAAAACAGGCGUCUGUCCUCUGGGCAGCAGAAACAAGCCAAGCGGAGCAUUCAUGUGAAAGGCAAAUGGAAAGCUAUAGAGCUCGAUCCCACUCUCUUCUCCGAGGAGGGCAUGGAGGGUCUGGUGUGUUUCGAAGAACUGACAAAUUACCGUCUGAUAGACCCUGAAAAGGCAGCGGCCAAAGCAGCAAAAGAACUGAAAAAGAAGGAGAAGAAGAAGACGAAGAAAAAGGCAAAGAAAAGAAAAGCCGGCGAGGAAGAGGAGGGUGGAGGGGACCCUGAUGUGGAGAGCAAAGAGGGAGAGGAAAUAGCUGAGCCAGCCAAGAAAAAAGCCAAAAAGAAGAAGAAAAAUAAGAAACAGUCUGUAAAGGAAUCAGUUCAACAAGAGGACAUUUCUACAGAAGUGUCAGAGAAGAAUGUAGCUGCAAAUGAGGAGGGAGGAGAUGAUGAAACGACUAAAGAAGACACUUCAAAAGAUUCAUCUGCCAGCUCUGAGCAUACUGUCCAAUCAAAAAAUGCAAAGAAGAGCAACAAAAAGAAGAAAAAGACACAAAAGCAGCCGAUAGAAAAGGAUACAGAGAAACAGCCAGACCUGGAGCCUUCAUCUGAGCUUCAGGCUGUGGGAAAAGAAGAAUCUUCACAAGACAAGGUGACAAAAACCUCUAAGAAUCGAGCAAAGAACUGGACAAAUGCUGCACUUUCUGGUUCUAAUGACAAAAACACGGAUGUGGGUGCUUGGAAGGACCUGUUUGUUCCCUCCCCUGUGCUAAAGGCACUGAGCAACCUUGGAUUUGGUUCACCCACACCGAUUCAAGCCCUUGCAUUACCUUCAGCUAUCAGGGAUCGUAUGGAUGUACUGGGGGCAGCUGAGACAGGAAGUGGUAAGACACUGGCUUUUGGCAUUCCCAUGAUCCACACCAUCCUGGAGUGGAAAAAAGGCUCAGACAAACCUGUUGAUGACAACAGUGAACCAACCACAGAGGUGGAGAGUUUGUAUUUACCGAGUGUAAAGUCGGAAAAUGCAGCAGAAUCCAUAACAGAAGAUGAACAGGAGGACGACAUGCAGGCUGAGGAAGAUGAAGACAAAGGUGACUCAGAUGAAGAUGCCACUGAGGACGAUGAGCGCGGCAGUGAAGAGGAAGAUGAGGAUGAAAGGCUAGGAUGCGUUCAAGUAAUCGAAAAUGCUGAGUUCAACUUUGACCCCACCGCUGAAGCCGAAGAAAGACCUGCUGGCAGUAACAGUCAGCCUCUGCUCGGACUGGUUCUCACUCCCACCCGGGAGCUGGCUGUUCAGGUCAAACAUCACAUUGAUGCUGUCGCAAAAUUCACAGAUAUCAAAACAGCGAUAGUGGUGGGUGGAAUGGCACAACAGAAACAGAGGAGGAUGCUGAAGCGCAGGCCAGAGAUCGUUAUUGCUACCCCAGGACGUCUGUGGGACUUAAUCAAGGAGAGACAUCCACAUCUGCUGAACCUCAGACAGCUCAGGUGCCUGGUCAUUGAUGAAGCAGAUCGCAUGGUAGAAAGAGGCCACUUUGCAGAGCUGGAGAGUCUCCUGGAGAUGCUGAACACCAUGCAGUUCAAUCCCAUGAGGCAAACGUUUGUGUUCUCUGCCACACUGACCAUGGCUCACAGCCUGCCCACCCGCCUCCAGCAGAAGAAGAAGAAGAAUCUGGACCAGAGGAGUAAACUGGAAAUUCUCAUGGAGAAAGUAGGGAUCAAGUCCAAGCCCAAAAUCAUCGACCUCACCAGGAAGGAGGCAACAGUGGAGACGCUGACAGAGACACGGAUCCACUGUCAAAAAGAGGAGAAGGACUUCUACCUUUAUUACUUCCUGCUCCAGUACCCCGGACGCACCAUGGUGUUUGCCAACAGCAUAGACUGUAUCAAGAGGCUGAACUCCCUGCUGGUUAUCUUGGACUGCACUCCACUGCCUCUACAUGCCAACAUGCACCAGAAACAACGCCUCAAAAACCUGGAAAGGUUUGCUGAGAGGGAGAGUUGUGUUCUUCUGACUACUGACGUCGCUGCAAGAGGACUGGACAUCCCCAAUGUUCAACAUGUUAUUCACUACCAGGUUCCCCGGACAUCUGAGACUUAUGUCCACCGGAGUGGCAGAACAGCAAGAGCCACUAAAGAGGGUCUCAGUUUGCUGCUAAUAGGCCCAGACGACAUGAUGAACUUCAGAAAGAUUUACAAGACUCUUGGAAAGGACGAGGAGCUUCCAAUGUUCCCCAUAGAGACAAAAUGCCUGGAAGCAAUCAAGGAACGAGUAAACUUGGCCAGAAACAUAGAAAAGAUUGAGUUCCACAACAGCAGGGAGAAGCAGCACAACUCCUGGUUCAGACAAGCAGCAGAGGCCCUGGAGGUUGACCUGGAUGAUGAUCUUUUACUUGGCAGAGCAAGGGAUGAGGAAACUGACAGAGAGCAGCAGAAGAUGGUAAAGGGUAUGAAAAAGCAUUUGAAGCGUUUGAUCUCUCAGCCCGUGUUCAAAAAUGUGAUAAAGACCAAGUACCCCACUCAAAUGGGAAAGCUCUCCCUGCCUCACAUGCAUCACGAAGGGAUGGAAAGUGCCCUAACCAGGGUUUCAGUACAGGAGAAGAAACAGAAGUUAAAGAAAGGUGUUCCACCACAGAAGAAAAAACAAAAAAGGGAAAAGGAGGAAAAGCAGCAGCAGUGACGUGUUAGCGAAAAUGUGUAUUUAAAAAGUCCACUUUUGACAGGAUUUAUGUAAUUGUGAGUCAUGUAAAUGUAAUUUUUAAUAUUCAGUUCAGUCAAAUUCAGUUAUUCUACAGUGUGGAAUAACUGUAUUUGCAGAUGUUGCUGAAUCUCUGUAUACUGCAAGAUUUUAUAAAAAUCUGUUUUCACAAGUG